AGAUAGUCGCAGAAGAACAAGACGUCGAGAUAAUGAAAAAACAGCUAGCAUCACACAACUUGAAAUGCGAAGAAAUGUGCAGGAAGGAUAGUCCCCUGAACGAGAAAAGUCAUGAUGAAACUGGCAUUGAACUACAUUCUGACGUGAAUGAAAGGAACGAAGUAGUAAUGGUACCGACCGGUUACAUUACAAUUGCAAGUUGUGAUGACCCGGGAGGACGUAGCAAAAAGGAAAAUGGAGAAUUAGUAAUUAAUGGCACAAGAUAUUGGAACACAUACAGAUUUACCAUAAAGAGACCUAAAGUGAAUAGGGUGGGAUUGAACGGGAUUCCCACCCCUGAGGGUAAAACAAAGCAUGAAACUGAAGGAGAGAUGAUGUUUGUAAGUACAUGGGAACUAUGGAACCCUGAGAACAGCAGAAAUGAUGAUAUUACAGAAGAGAAAUCUAUAAACAAUGAUGAAUUAGCAGAUAAUGAUCAUUGA